CAUUGAAAGGAUUCCAGGCUUUCAGGCUUUUUGAGCCCUGGAGUUCUAUAUUCUAUUCAUCCACCUCUACCUCGCUGCCUUGUAUGACAGGAAGAGAGAGAGAAGUGACGAGGGCCGCUACCACCACCACUGUAUGAGAGACGAAACCAUCACGACUACCAAGGUAUAAUCAAUCUAGCCAUAACCAUCAUCGCUACCACUGCGAACCUCCUCUCGUCGUCAUCACCGCCUUUUCAUCUAUUAAAAAUCGUCCAAGCUCGACACUUCACCAUAGACUCUUUCACUUGACGACCAGCGACCAUUGACCACCAUUCCGGAUCCGUAUAAUCAUAUUCCACACUCUUCGUCGGCUGGUACAAGCUCUUUACAUUAUCCCUGAUUCCUCUCAGCACGACAUUGACAAGUCAUUUCGCUGAAAGGUAGAUCCAGACUCAAAAGGUAUUUCCCAUAUCUGUCCUCAGGCCGGUCUUCAGGGGAUCAUUCUUUCCACCAUGCCAUCUCCACCCCGCCCUUCACUGUUCGAGAAGAGCUCGUCGCUCUCCCCAGAUCCUCCCAAGACCUCUAAUGCCCGAGCGAAGGAAGGUCGAACUCCUCCUCCUCCGGCCCCGAGCGCUGCAUUUGCCAAGCGGGCCAGAGAGACGGUCACGACCGAGCAUGGACCUCUGUCGAUCGGAGAAGAUGAAGGACAGCAAGUCAUCGAAGACGAGGUAGUCAGUAGUGCAGGGUAUCGACGGGCAAGGGCAGGUACACUCCCGUCGAGUCUGGAAGCACCACCUCGCUUUACGACCGAUGAGCCAGUCCCUCCUCUUCCAAUGAACGACGCCACGCCCGUUCCUACACGUACAUCAGCUCUAUCUCCUGCUUACCCCGUGAAUCCCGCUGCUAGUAGGCCAGGUCUACGGCAUGCCAAUUCAACUGCUGGUAAUGUCGAAUCACCCUCUUCAGGUCGGAACCGUUCUGGAUCAUUGACUCUUCCUAAGAAUGGAGUAGGCAAUGCGUUUGGAUCUUCAGCCUUCUCAAACGCUUGGCUCGCCAAUCCCAGUCAGGCUCGCACACCACUGGGUCAAUUGCAGCAGGAGGAAGAGCAGAACGCCUCCACGAUGUCCGACUCCGCUGCAUCUCUUGAUCUCAACUUCUCCACCCUCGACUAUCUCGGUUUAGAAGAUGGCAACGACGUGCCUCCUGCGUCCAUGGCUGAACUGCGGAACCAGGCUCAACGAGCUAUUGCUAAUUCGGGUCCAGCAUCUCGACACCGAGCCAGUACCGUAUCCAACUUUGCUCGUCCUCAUCGCCAAUCAGUGGUUGGCAUCGGGGCCUACGGUCAGUACGACAAAGACCAUGGCGAAGAGCUUGCUGGGCAGAUGGCUGAAAUGGGGCUCUACGACGCGAACGAAGAUAUCUACAAUGCUGGAGGCUAUGGGUAUGGCCAAGGCACACCUAAUUCUAAGGAUUCUCAUCGACCUCGGGCAACGACGAUUGCAGGACUCGACGGACGUAGAAUGCCAGCCGGAGGCUUCCUCAGCUCCAUUCCACAGUCUCCCGUUCAGGCGAACAUGUUUGCACCUCAAGGCCUCUCCGCACACUAUGGUUACCCCCCUCGAACUCGCGCGGGCACUGAUGCUGGGCGUCAGCGAGAUCAUUCACAGAGUCGUGCACCAAGAAUGUCGUUCUCCUCCUCCAUAUCUCGAGCUACAACCCCUGACGUGACAGGCACAUCUACGCCCCAGGUACCCACCAGGAGUUUAUGGAUCGGAAAUCUCGAUGUAGGUGCUACGAGCGCCGCCCUGCUUCACGUCUUUGCGCCCUACGGCGCCAUCGAAAGCGUGCGAAUGCUGCCAGAAAAGACAUGCGCAUUCGUCAAUUUUAUGGAGAAAGGUGAUGCUAUUCGGGCAAGAGACGACGUUCUCAAUCGAAUGGGAGGGCACGUCACUGCGCUGUCAGAGACGGCUCCAGUACGCAUAGGUUUCGGCAAGAUCGACUCCGCCCCGUCCGCUUCCGCCAAUGGCACAGGUCAUCGAUCCACCGCAUCUGCUUCGGCGCUCAUGUAUCCAAGUACGAGUACCGGUACGAACGGUUCUUCUACGCCUGCGCAAACUCUUCCUCCCGUGCCACCUCUUCCAGCCAAUAUCGUCAAUCUUGUGCCGCUGUCAGCCGGCGUUGGCUCCCUUGACCAUGGAACUGAAAUUUCCUCCAUGCCAACUCGGGCACUGUGGAUUGGCAGCAUUCCAGGUACGACAAGUUCCGCCACUCUCUUACAAAUCUUUUCGCCUUUUGGACCUGUGGAAUCCGCAAGAGUCCUCAUGCACAAGUGCUGUGGCUUUGUCAAUUUUGAACGCCUAGAUUCCGCAGUCUCGGCUAGGACUGCUCUCAAUGGUCGGGACAUCCUUGGCUCUGACGUUGGACCCAUUCGGAUCGGGUUCGCUCGAGUGCCAACCAAAUCACCCGUUCUCGGGGAUGAUGAAGACGACGAGACGUCACCCGAGAAGCUCACGGAGCAACUUUCAACCGUCAAAGGAGCUACGUCUGUCUCGACCGAGCAACAAGUGUCUGUCGAAGGCGGUGGUGUGGAGAACUAUCGAAGUCAACUGGUUUUGGACCUGGUCAAGCAAGGAGUGCACGAACAAGUCCUCGAAAAGGGUUUGAGUGACGGAGGCGAGGUAACAGAGCAACAAAUGAUUAUGUCUGUGCUCAGUGGUGGUCGGCCAGAGGAGGAUUCCGAUGUCAAGGCCGCUGCUGAACCUCGUGCGCCGAGCAGCUACUACACUGCCAUUCCAAUUAUCACUGAACGACCUCAUCGCCGCUUUGACUCACCUAGGCUCAAGGAUAUGCGAAGACAGCUUGAUGGAGGUCCAUGCACUCUUGCCGAAAUUGACGCUAUGACUGACGAAUUGAUGGAAGAUUGCGCGGAGCUCGCUAGCGAUUAUAUUGGCAACACGGUCAUUCAAAAGCUCUUUGAGCGCUGCUCGCCUCGUCUCCGCCGAGCCAUGCUCGAGAAGAUUGCCCCUCAUCUCGCCAUGAUUGGAAUCCACAAAAAUGGUACUUGGGCUGCUCAAAAGAUCAUUGAAUGUAGCCACGAGCCCGCAGACCGGCAAUUGAUCGUGGACAAUCUCCGACCGUUCGCCCCUCCUCUCAUGUGCGAUUCCUUGGGCAACUACGUCUGCGCUGGGACACUUAGGUUCGGCGGGCCUUGGAAUAGCUAUGUCUUUGACGCGAUGAUUGAUCGAAUGUGGGAUAUCGCCCAGAGUCGAUUCGGGGCAAGGUGCAUGAGAACUUGUCUUGAGAGUAACUUUACAUCAUUAUAUCAAAAGAAACGCAUAUCCGCCGGUAUCAUUCUUAACUCCAUCCCUCUCGCCACGAACCCGAACGGCGCGCUGUUACUGACCUGGCUUGUGGACCAAUCUAAUCUCCCUGGCCGAUAUGGACUGCUCUCAAACCGAUUCGCUCCUCAUAUUGCGCAUCUCUGCACGCAUAAGUUGGCCUCAUUAACGGUGCUGAGAAUCAUUUCUCAAACGGCCGAGCCUCACGCCGCUUCUUCCCUCCUCCAUGCAAUCUUCACAUCUGCAAAGGACAGCGUACUUCUGGACAUUCUUGGAGAUGCUAACAAUGGCGCUCAAGUCAUCGGUAAGAUGCUAGCGAUCAGCACCAUCUCUGCCGAGGACAAAUCAAUGUGUCUUGAAGCAUGCCGACGCGUCCUGCCCUCUAUCAAGGCCGCUUCGACUCCACCGUAUCGCGUCUUGCUGGAGGCUGUGGGCCUUCCCAUUCCAUCCGGACACAUGGGACAGUCCUUUGCACCAAGACCAGUAUGGGGCAACCAAGGACUCCCGAGCCUUCCCGCUCAACAUCAGAUGCCUCAACAUCCAGCAUACGGCUACUACCCUGCGUAUCAUCAACCCAGUCCCUCGCCCGUCUCUGGAGGCGGGCUCACCCCUGGUGGUCUCACUCCGUAUGGUACCAUGGGCCAAAAUCUAUCGCCUUUGCUCGUCGCUCAGAACAUGCCCCUUCAACCAAGAGGCAAUUCCAGCCCCAAAGUCAAUGCCUCUCCUAGGACCCCCUUGAACAGACAUCGGGGUCGUUUAUCUCCAGCUUCGCAGAUGAUGAGUCCAGGUUCUGACCCUUUCAACCCAUUUGCAUCACCAAGCAUCGACAUGCCUUAUUUUCAAAAUCAAGGACUUCGAGUCGGCUCCGCCUUGUCUCAACCUCCCGUCACGUUUGAACCCCAACCGAAUGUCGGAGGAUUGGGUAUCAUGGGCCAGUCAUCUGGCUCGGGGGCAAAUCAAAUGUACUAUGGACAAAUGAUGCAGCAGCAGCCGAGCAUGUUUGCUGGCUAUCGAUCUUAAGCUGCCUCCUCCUGCCAUCCCCCACCUUGCUACCUUUCCCUUCUUGUGCCGACAUGUGUUAUUCGUCCACGAAUCAAAAGCACGCAACAGAAGCUCGUUUCAGCAGCUCUGACGAUCACUUUCCACCUUUCUUACAUCAUCCACCGGAGACAGAAAAACCAUUUACAAGUAUAUUGUGUAUACCUCUUUCGCCUGCAUUUUUAUUUCCUUGCAUCUUCAAUAGAUCUCGCCCUCUAGAGCAGAUACAGAGGCGACAUUCAACCUUGCUGAGAGCUGAACCAGAGCCAUCUGCGGACCUCUGUCUAUAUUUUAUAUUCUUUCACUACAAUUCAAUUUUACGGCUGGUCCCGGAAGAUGCAUUGUGUCCGCU